AAGCGCCCGCAGACAUGUCAUCAAACAGAAUCCGGCCGGAGUUGGCCCUGCUGCUGCUGCUGGCGGCCGCACUAAUCCCUCUGCUGCAGGCCGGGAUAGUCGGGGGUCCGGACGGGGACUCUGACUCGGAUCCGGACACCACCACCCUCGACCCCGGCCCCUAUGCGGCGGAGCAGCAGAUGGACUCGGAUUCGGACUCGGACUCGGAGACGGAGACGGAGAAGGCGCCCUCCGUUCAAGUGGAUGGCCGACGCAUCGACUGCAAAUUGACUUUCGAUGCGGCGACAAUGGACUCGUUAGGCUGCCACAAUGAGGGGGCGGUGCCGGAGGGGCGGGCGUGGCCCGGGUCCCUGUCCGGUAAUAAGCCGGCGGAGAAGCCGGUGGAAAAUCCGGACUGGCAGCGCCACUUGAAGUCCCCGGACAGCCAGCCCAUCUAUGAAUUACAAUUGGUUGUUUGGCCCAGUGACAUCGAGGACGGUGAUGACUUUAGUCCGCCGCUGGCCACCACCACCACAAGGACAACAACAAGCAGCACCACCCCGAGGACCACCAGGACCACCAGAACCACCAGCACCACCCCGAAGCCCACCCAAAUUGGGACACCUAUUGAGCAAAUAUGGCCAUUGUACGAGGAUCAAUUGGUCGUAUUUCCGCAAAUGGACUUUGAAGAGGAGAAUCUUGAUUAUUUCUUCGACGAAGUGGCACCACCCACUGCGCCGCCCACCACUGCGCCACCCACCGCCCGACCGGUGACCACGGCCCACCCCACGGGCACGCCCACACCCACGCCCAUUUACGUUGUGCAAAACUAUCACGUGAUACACCCCAACGGCACCGAGGAAUACAAAUUGGUGAUGAGCAACGGCCUGGUGAACUACAAGAAGCUGUACACCAAGGAGGUGGGUGACCAGGUGAUAAACGUGCAGGAGGGCUACAACUCAGUGCCCAUUCCCGGGCCCAGGAACCAAAUCCAGACGCAGUACUACGUCGCCGACGAGCGGGGCUACAAUGUCUACAGAAUCGAGCUCCACAGCCACCAGCCAGGGUUGCCCAAACAUUUGCAUUACAAAGCCACAGAAGCGACCGACAUGUGAGCGAGGAGGCCGGGAUUUCCAAGGGGCGGACACAGUGCUUCCCCACGCAACAAACAAAUAUUUUUUUUGCUUUUUUUUUUAAUUUAAUAACAUGAUUCUUAAUAAAUUGUAAAAUAAACAUGGGGUA